UCCGCUGAUGCAUGAAGUUCCAGAGCACCAAGGCAGCAGCACAGACAGUUCAGCAAGCAGUUUGGGAAGCUCUGUCACAGCAUGUAAGAAGAUUCUCUGCAGUAACAGUCUGCUAGAAUCAACAGACUACUGGCUGCAGAAUCAGAGGACACCAUGCCAAAUUGGCUUUCUGGAAGACAAGUCAGAAAGCAACUGUGCCUCAGUUUGUUUUGUGAAUUUGGAUGCAAACAGAGAUGAUUGCAGUGAUGAGCAAGUGAAACAGAGGUUGAUCAGCGUCUCUCCAAAUCUCCCCAAACUCAUCAGUUCAAUGAAUGUACAGCCACCAAAGGAAAACGAAAUAGUCCUGCUGAGUGGAUUAACAUCAGGAAACCUUCAGACCGAUUAUGAAGUUCCCCAGUGUCCUUGGCUGGCAGAUGUCUGCUUGGUUCAGUGUGCAAGGGGGGACAGGAGAAACAGUGCAAGCUGCAUCAUUUUUGAAAUUAACAAGUUUCUGAUUGGACUUGAGCUCGUUCAGGAGAGACAGCUGCAGAUAGAAGCUCAUGUCCUAAAGCCUGAGGAUGACACAAACUGCUCAGUGUCCUCAAUAGAAGAAGAUUUCCUCACAGCGUCUGAGCACCUAGAGGAUGACAACGAGGCUGAUGAAUGUAAAACUGGUCAUGAAAAGUUAAGUCUUUCAGAAGCAUCCUCAGAUGUCAAAAAAAAUAAAGGGAAGGGAUUUGAAAAUAGCCACUACAGAAAAACCAGGUUGCCAUCUAUUCUUGAAGGGACCUGCAUUAAUGAAGAUAAUGCAGCUACUGGAGUCUCUGAAGCUGUGAAUGUUGUGCCUGAAGUUGCCAUCUUAAAACCUGAAGAUAAGUCAGACCAGGAAAUACCGUUGCAGAAGGAAUUAGCUGGAAGAGCUACUUCAUCCUUUAGUACUAAUACUUUGACUAGCGAGGUUGAAAAUUCCUAUGCAGCACAGGUUUUAGAAGAUGUAUCUUUAACCAAAAUGGCUAAAGAGGAGGUGGGGCCUCUUCAUGACCCAGCAGCAAAACACAACAGUAAGACAGAUGGAGACGAUUAUGCAGGUAUCAGGAAAACUGAUCCUCUCCCUCAAGAUGAACGAGCAACUACAGGUCAGUAUGCCACAAAUUUAGCAGAAUCUGUUCUGCAAGAUGCAUUCAUUAGACUGUCACAGUCUCAACCCACUUUUAGUGAGGAGGCUGCUGUCAGCAUCUCGGUAGGAAGCUCCUGUAAGUCAGAAGACACAUCUGCUUCCCGAUCAUGGAAUGAACUUCCAAAGAUCGUCAUAGUGCAAAGUCCAGAUAAUUCUGAUAAUGUAUCUGACUGGCCAGGGUCUGCCUUCCCCAGCCUGUGUCACCGGACUGAAUUGGAAAGUUCUGCUGAAGUUUCAGAUUACUUUGAGGAAGGACAUUCAAACGGACAUGGCCAGAGUGCACUGGAAGUGGCUCUGGCUUGUGCAGCCACUGUUAUUGGAACCAUUUCUAGUCCCCAGGCUGCAGAAAAAUUCAGACAGGAUCAAGAAACCACACAGUCUUACAGUGGAGCAGUUGAUAAUGAAGAGCACACAGCACCUUCACAGCUACUUGACUGUGCUGGCACAGAAUAUUCAUUUCCAUCUGCACUGUGUGGCAUGACUCAGGUAGCAAGUGCUGUAGCUGUCUGUGGUCUGGCGGAAACAAAAGAAGAGAAGUACCCUGCUACUUCAAGUGGACUUCUGUCUGCUGCUCAGACUUCUGCAGCCAUUACUCUACAUUGCAGCAUAGCUUUAGGAAGCAGCAUGGAGAAGCUAAAUGAUAGCAUUGCAGAGGCACUUCUCAAAGAGGCAUCAAUAAUUCUGACAAAACCCAACACAUACAAAAAUGUAGGGCAUUUUAUGGAAUCCAUAAAUGGAAAAAUUGUUGAAACAGCAGCAAGACCACAGAUUCCACACACCAAUGAAUUAAUCAGGGAUGAACUUGCACAAAACUUAUCCAAUAUUAUUCUACGACAUUCUAUGGAGGAGGUUAGGAAAAAGAGGCAGCUACACCCCUGUUCAGAAAACUGCUCAAGUACACAAGACAUUUUCAUGGAGACUGCAAAUGAGUUGCUUUUUAACAUAGUAUAUUUCACUUUCAAGAAGAUGAACGACAUAAGGCAAGUUGAAGAGUGUUCUCCUCUCUUUUCCGGGGAGACAAAGGCAGAGAAAGUAACAAGAGCAGAAGGAUGGUCAACACAGGCAACAGAACAUGAAACUUCACACAGCCCCCUUGAUCACUCUGCUGUUAAACCAUUUGAUACAUCCUACAGCACUAGUUCUAGCAAAGAUCUUGUAAAUGUCACAAAUACCAGGAAAAGUAACAUGAAAGAUGUAAAUAGCAAGGAAAGUGCUACACUAGAUUCAGAACCAACAAGUAGAGCUACAGGGCAUAAUGCACUUGUUGCAAAAACAUCUCCCAAGAAAAGAUACCUGAAAAGAACAACACGAGACUGUUACAAAUCCCCAAAUCAGAGUAAUAAUCAUCAGAAGAAGAAAGACUACAGAUCAUUUUCAGACAGAGAAAACACCUUUGCAAACAACGAAUGCAAGCGUGGUGUUCAAGAACAGCUGUCUUCCAGUGCAGUCAUGAAUGCAGAAAACCAGGCCAAGCAUAAGUCUGAUGCUCUGCUAAAUAAUGAUGUCCAGGUUAGCUUGUCUUUAUUAGGAAAUCAUGUCUUGCUUCCUUCACAGCCUGUGCUACAGGUGAAACAUUCAAGGGACAAAUAUUGUAUAACAGAUUUUGCAGAAGAAUUGGCAGAAACAGUUGUCUCUAUGGCAACAGAAAUAGCUGCCAUUUGUCUUGAAAACUCAAGUGGAAAGCAACCUUGGUUCUGUGCAUGGAAGAGAGGCAAUGAAUAUCUGGUGACCCAGAGUUUAUCUUGUAGAACCAUGAAAAGGAAAAAGGAAACCCAUGCUAAUGGUUCAGUUGUUCGGAAGAACAGGGCACCUAGACUGAGUGAGAUCAAAAGAAAAACAGAUGAGCAUCCUGAGCUAAAGGAAAGAUUGAUGAAUCGGGUAGUAGAUGAAUCUAUAAGCCUUGAGGACACACCAGAUUCAGUCAAUAUCUUUGCUAACGAAGUGGCUGCCAAGAUCAUGAACCUCACUGAACUCUCCAUGGUUGAUAGCAUCUGGCAAGGUCCAAACCACCCCAGGAACAGGCUGCACUGUGAAAGAUGGAGCCGAGCCAAAGCCUCAAGCUGUGAGAGCAUACCUGAGGAAGACUCAGAUUCCAAAGCCUCUUUCAAUACCUUAGGCCUGAUGAACACCUUUGGUCAACCUGUGAGCCAGACAAGUUCUGUCUCAAAGCAGUCUAGUUGUGAAAGCAUUACCGAUGAAUUUUCAAGAUUUAUGGUGAACCAGAUGGAAAAUGAAGGAAGAGGUUUUGAUUUAUUACUAGACUACUAUGCAGGAAAAAAUGCAAACAACAUCUUAACUUCUGCUUUGCAACAGGUAGCCAAGAAAAAUGGCCAUCUUAAUGUAAGACCGAGUUGCCCAUCCAAACAGUCCAGCACUGAAAGCAUAACAGAAGAAUUUUAUAGGUAUAUGCUAAGAGAAAUAGAAAAAGAAAAUAAAGAUAAUGCAUCUUCCCCUCGGAAUUCAAAGGACUGGUGUGGCAGUUUGCUAUCACCCUCUCUACGAUCACCUUUUUGCUUUAGGCAAUCAUCAAUGCCUGACAGCAGAUCAUCAGGUUCUAGGCUAACAGUUAGUGUCCCAGUUAAGGCAAAUUCAUUAGAUGGAUUUGCCCAUCACCACCAAGAUUCCUUAAGUGUACAGCCAGUCAGUACCGUGGCUUCUUCCGGUCUUUGCAAGUCUGACUCAUGCCUGUACCAAAGAUGCAAGACUGACCAGAUAACAGAUAUGUUGAUUCACGAGACAUGGGCAAGUUCUAUUGAAUCUCUAAUGCGCAAGAACAAAAUCAUACCAGACGAUGCAGAGGCUGCAGAGGCAGACCAGUUUCACAGUGAUUCCCCACCACAUGUGGAACAAUACGCAAACAGACUGGCUGCAAAUAUUGUUGAAAGUGGUAAAAAUUUAAUUGUUGUCCAGCAGGAUUCUUUUGAUUAUACAAGCCAAGAACAUGUGCUGGAAAGCAAACAUACUCAAAGCACAAGUCAGACUCAGUCAAAACCCAAAAGGGAUGGAGUAAAUUUGGAUGAGAAAAAACGGCAUAUGAAGAACCCUGGAUGCCUCCCUGCAGGUCAGCAUAGGGAAGUGCCUUUAAUUCAGAUAGAAACUGAUCAACGAGAUGAGCCAGAUAAAGGCUCAGCGUCCUUAAUUUCAUGUAGCCCUUCUGUAAAGGAGCAUCAAAGCAAAGAAAAGCCUCCAGAAGCUUUUGAUGGGAAACACACAGUUUCCAGUUCACUACUAAAUAGCUUGGUUGAUUUUAAUGAUCAGCAUUGCCUGAAGAUUGGAGCACCACUUUGCCUAUAUUAAAUGCGCCUUCCUUAUCACCCUACCAGCAACAGUCCUCAGAGCAGGCCGGAUGCUGAAAUCAUAGGAGAGACAAAAACAGCCGAAGAAUUUCCAAGCCACCUCAGCAGCAGUGAAGAAAGCACUGGCAGCUGGUCCCAGCUAGCUAACGAUGAGGACAACCCUGACGACACAAGUAGCUACUUACAACUCAGCGAGCGAUCCCUGAGUGAAUUAAUAGAAGAAAAGGUUUUCCUUAAAGAACAGACAGAAAAUACAGAGGAAAGUACUUCUGGGCUUUCAGUGGGAACAGCUAAUUGUCAAAAGGACCUACUGGUCAUAAACUUUGAUCUGGAACCAGAGUGCCCCGAUGCAGAGCUGCGAGCCACCCUGCAGUGGAUAGCUGCUUCUGAACUUGGAAUUCCAACCAUCUAUUUUAAGAAAUCUCAGGAAAACAGAAUCGAAAAGUUUUCAGAUGUUGUGCAACUAGUUCAACGGAAGUCCUGGAAAGUUGGGGAUAUCUUCCAUGCCGUCGUGCAGUACUGCAAGCUCAGUGAGGAAGGCCAAGUGGUGACACCAAGCCUAUUUGAUUGGCUUCUCGAAUUGGGUUAA